GGCUGACAAAUACAGACGUCUUUUUUGCUCAUUCGGUCGAAAGAGAAAAAAAUAAUUAAGUCUUGUGCCAACUUUUGGCUCGAAAUCUUCACCGCCUCGUCCGUAGUUGCAUUCGCCUCUUCAUUUGUAGCACGAGUCAGCCCAUCCGCGGUUCCUUUUGCAGCCUUCAACCAUGACUCGGCUAACGCGUGAAGCUCCGGCCCGGGCCAACAUCGAGCUGGGCGACGUGACGCACCACAACCUGAAGCAGCUGAAGAAGAUCAACACGGUCGUGCUGCCGGUGUCGUACAAUGACAAAUUCUACCUGGACGUGCUGGAAUCGGGCGAACUGGCCAAGCUUGCCUACUACAACGAUGUCGUCGUCGGUGCCGUCUGCUCCCGGAUCGACACGUCGGAAAACAUGCGCCGGCUGUACAUCAUGACGCUCGGCUGCCUGUACCCCUACCGGCGGCUGGGCAUCGGCACGGUGAUGGUGCAGCACAUCCUGAACUGCGUCGAGCGGGACGGCAACUUCGACAGCAUAUUCCUGCACGUGAAGGUCGACAACAAGGGUGCGAUCGAGUUUUACAAACGGUUCGGGUUCGAGAUCGUGGAAACGAAGCAGCACUACUACAAACGGAUCGAGCCGGCGGAUGCGCACGUACUGCAGAAGACGCUCACGAAAAAGGCUGCGGUGGCGGCGGCCGCCGCAAUGAGCUGCCCCCAUCAGCACAGCGGAUCGGAAGCGGAUCGAGAACACCAGGCGGGGGUUGCGAAUGGAGACAGCCAUGAGGCGGCGGGCGAGGCACCGCAACCGGCGGCAGCCGCUGGCAAUGCGAACAAUCAUUCGAGCAUCCAAAACUCGACCACGCAACAAACACCGCAGGCUGCCGAAAAGAACCGAUAAACCGGUCGGGUUUGAAGAUCGUAACCCGCCUACCACCAUCGAGCAACCCGGGUGCAGCAACCAGUGACCAGGCAGUGGGCAGGCAGUGGGCGUUGAGCGUAACCAUUGGCAACGGCGAACCAUUGCAUUCUUCUUGCGCGCGCGUUUUCACUAGUUGGCGAAUGGGAGUUCGUUCGUUCUAUAUUUGUUAAAUUGUGUACACAUGUGUGCUACAUGUUCUUUACUUCACACCGGCCCCAUCCCACGUGCGAGACCACACACACGACUGUGAAUCAGCUUUCCCUUCCCUCCUGGCCCCAUCCCCGCUUGCGCCCGCUUUCGAAAAAUCGUGUUAAAUAAUAAUCCUGUGUGGUUUAGUGUACUUGGGGGUUGCUACUACAUACCCUCAUAUGCUGCUUCUUCGUGUUAAUAGGGGGAUGGGGAGGAAAAGCUGCGUCCCGUUGGUCGGAAAAUCUGUGUUCUGUUUUGUGUUUCUGUUGUAGCAGUACUCAUCAAUAGUUAAGCGAAGUAAUAAUGUACGGAAUGCGCGCCCAAAUCACCUACACACACACAUACACACACACAUACACAUGCAGUGAACGAAACAUCUAAAAGAAUAACUUAGGACGAAUAAAGUUAAUCACUACAUAACGUAACGCAAUGAA